UAAGCUUCACAACUUACGUGGUAUCGCGUGUUUUUUUGUGUUCCAGUAAUUAUUAUUAGUAGUAUAGUAUUCUAGUAAAAGAAGAGGGAAACUGAGAAGAAACUGAAUAUGGGUCGCUACAGGAGCCGUAGUCGUGAUAGGGAUAGGAGACGUAGAUCUCGCAGUAGAUCUCGUAGCAGAUCACCAAGAGACAGAAGAAAUUGGGGUGGCAGUGGAGGUAGAGAUCGAGGUGGUGGUAGAAAUAGCCGUGGACAACCUGGAGCAAAUUUAAGAAAACCUAGAUGGGAUUUAAGUCGAUUAGAACCUUUUAAAAAGGAUUUUUAUGUACCACAUGAAGCAGUUCAAAAUCGUGAUCCACGUAUAGUGGAACAAUACAGAAGUGAAAAAGAAAUUACUCUAAAGGGAAAAAGCAUACCUAAUCCUGUAUUUACCUUUGAAGAGACAGGUUUCCCAGACUAUGUUCUGAAGGAAAUUAAACGUCAAGGCUUUACUGAACCUACAUCAAUACAAGCACAAGGUUGGCCAAUUGCUCUAAGUGGGAGAGAUAUGGUGGGAAUUGCAUCAACUGGUUCUGGAAAAACAUUAUCUUACAUAUUACCUGCUAUUGUUCAUAUUAAUAGUCAACCUAAGUUAGGUCGAAAAGAUGGACCUAUUGCUUUAGUAUUAGCUCCAACAAGAGAGCUUGCUCAACAAAUUCAACAAGUAGCUGAUGAUUUUGGUCAUUCUUCGGGUAUUAGAAAUACUUGCUUAUAUGGCGGAGCACCAAAAGGUGCACAAGCCAGAGACUUAGAUGGUGGUGUAGAGAUUGUUAUAGCUACACCAGGUAGAUUACUAGAUUUCCUUGAAUCUGGGCGAACAAAUUUAAAAAGGUGUACCUAUUUGGUACUAGAUGAAGCAGAUAGAAUGUUAGAUAUGGGAUUUGAACCCCAAAUUAGAAAAAUAAUAGAGCAAAUUAGACCAGAUAGACAGACAUUAAUGUGGUCUGCUACAUGGCCUAAGGAAGUUAAAAAUUUAGCAGAAGAUUUUUUGAAAGAUUAUGCUCAAAUUAAUGUUGGCUCCCUACAAUUAGCUGCAAACCACAACAUAUUACAAAUUAUCGACGUGUGUCAAGAUUAUGAGAAAGAAAACAAAUUAAGUACACUUUUAAAAGAGAUAAUGGCAGAAAGUGAAAACAAAACUAUAGUAUUUAUUGAAACAAAACGCAGAGUGGAUGAAAUAACUAGAAAAAUGAAGAGAGAUGGUUGGCCUGCUGUUUGCAUACAUGGGGAUAAGACACAACAGGAAAGGGAUUGGGUUUUACAAGAUUUUAGAUCAGGAAAAGCGCCAAUUCUUGUCGCAACAGAUGUUGCUGCUCGUGGUCUUGACGUUGAAGACGUCAAGUUUGUCAUCAAUUUUGACUAUCCCUCCUGUUCAGAAGAUUACGUUCAUCGAAUCGGUCGAACAGGUCGUCGGCAAAAAACUGGUACAGCAUAUACCUUUUUUACACCUAAUAAUUCCAAUAAGGCUAACGACCUAAUCCAGGUAUUAAAAGAAGCAAAUCAAGUGAUAAAUCCAAAGCUACUGGAACUUGCCGAUAGUAAAAGCGGUGGAUAUGGCAGGCAUAGAGGUGGAAGAAAUAGAUGGCGGUCUCGAGGUGGCCGCAAUGGAAAAGAUCGUAGUUAUUCGAGAAGUCGAAGUCGAAGUCACAGCAGAGAACAUAAUGGUCGUGGUAAUCGUCGAAGUUACAGUCGGAGUUAUUCCCGAAGUCGUAGCCCUGUUAGCAAUCGUACAGAAGUUAUCGGUAAGAGCUACUGGAGCAGCGAGAGAUGAUCUUCCACGAGUAGUUAAGGACCAAACAAUUGCAUACAAUUCAUGAUUUUUUUUACGUCUCUUUUAAAAUACACACACUUGAUACACGUCUUAAAAAUUGUAAUAUUGAUGUUCCAAUGUGCGUAAACACGUCGAACCUGACGUGUUAACGUAGAAUUCUUGUGCAUUAAUAGGUAGAUUAUAAUUUAGAAGUGUAAGAUGAGUGUUUCCAGCGCGAGAACACUUUCGUCAGUGUUACAAAAUAACGCGAUAUCGUGUACUAGGAUAUACAUAUUGAUUUUAAGCAGACUCACGAUCAAUUAAUUAAUCUGCCGAAAUGAAAGAAGGGUAACGAUGUCUAUUGAAUAAAAUUGUCGAUUCGAACACAGAAUACGAUUUGUAUUUUCCAAUCGAUAAUCUCGAAUAUUCCAGUAUUCAUGGAAUUUUGCCUUAGUUUAUACACUAAGCUUUAAAUAUAAAGAAUGAACACAGCGUAACCAUGUAAAAUUAUUAUAUUAUAUACUGUAUCACGUACAUGUUUUAUAACGACGUUGCAACAUUCGGUAAUACUAGUUAAGUUCAUGUAAACGAUAGUGUGAGUUUAGUUAGGCUAAUCAUUUAAGAUCAAAUCCACUUCGAAACCGAAAUGU